AAGUAGUUGUGGAGGAGGGAUCAAUUUAAUAAGAGGCAGGGGCAGCGCGCGCUGGAACUCUGAAAAGGAGGCAGAAAGCCACACUCAUGGGUGAAAAUGGACGAUCAGGAGUUAUCCCAGUUGGAACUUUACUGCAAGCAGCUAUAUGAAUCCCCCGAUCCUUCAGCUAGGGGGGCAGCAGAAAAGGCGUUAAUCUUAUUUUCAAAUUCGCCGGACUGUUUGAGGAAGUGUCAGUAUUUGCUGGAAAGAGCAGCAUCUUCCUACUCACAACUUCUUGCUGCCUCCACUCUAUCAAAGCUGAUCAUAAAGGCAACAUCAGUUUUACCAGUUGCAGAGAGGAUUAACAUCAGGAAUUACAUCUUGAACUAUUUCAUUACCAGACCAAAAUUAGCACCCUUUGUUGUCCAAGCAUUGGCUCAGCUUCUUGCAAAACUUACAAAAUUUGGUUGGUUUGAUACCCAAGAUGACACAUAUGUGUUUCGAAGUAUCACUGAUGAUAUUGGUCAGUUUCUACAAGGAUCUAUCGAGCACUGUAUUAUUGGCAUAAAGAUUCUUGCUGAAAUUGUUUCCUUAAUCAAUCAGACAGAAUCCACCCUGUCAAUUUCAAAAUAUCGCAAGAUUUCAGCAUCAUUUCGAGAUGCAGCUCUGUAUGAUAUUUUUACCAUGUGUCUAACGAUGCUUAAACAGAUUUCAAAUAAGAGGAUCGAUUUUCAAAAUCAGCAGCAAAUCUCCCUUAUCAAAGAGCUGCUGCAGUUAGUGAAAAACUGUCUCGCCUACGAUUUUAUUGGAACCUCAUUUGAUGAGUCGACCGAUGAUAUGGGCACAGUGCACAUACCUACUCAGUGGAAACAGUUGUUUUUAGACUUCAGCAAUAUUCACCUAUUCUUGGAUUUGUACCAGGCUGUUCCCCAAAGUAUUUCAUCAAUGGCCAUGGUAUGCUAUGUGCAAUUGGCGUCCGUAAGAAGGUCACUCUUCGACCCAACAGAGAGAGCAAAGUAUCUUCAGGAACUCCUUAAUGGUGCCAAACGAAUUUUAGAAUCACCCCAAUCCCUUGAAGAUCUUGACAAUUAUCAUGAAUUUUGUCGCUUUCUUGCGCGAGUGAAAUCGAAUUAUCAACUUGGAGAAAUCAUAAAGACGGAGAACUAUAGAGAAUUCAUUGAAAUGAUUGCGAAAUUCACUGUUACAAGCCUUCAGAUGUGGCAAUUUGCCCCCAACAGUGUGUACUAUCUUAUGAAUAUGUGGCAAAAGAUGGUUGCUUCCUGUCCUUUUGUAAAGGCAAAUGAGCCCCAUUAUCUUGACCGAUUCACACCACAGAUAACAGAGGCAUUUGUUACCGCGAAGUUACAAUCAGUUGCCGAUGUUUUAAGGGAUAAUUUGGAUGAUCCUCUUGAAGACAAGUCUACGUUGCAUCAGCAAUUGGAUCAGAUAUCAACAAUAGGCCGGUGUGAAUAUUCUAAAACCUGUUCACUUCUGAUUUCACUGUUCGAUCAAACUGCCCAGUCAUACCAAGCUCUUCUACAAUCAAAUGGAUCCAUGACAAAUGACAUCACAAUACAAGAAGGCCGAUUAACAUGGUUGGUGUUCAUGAUUGGCUACUCAAUCGGAGGUCGAAUAUCCUUCUCAGCAACAGAAGAGCACGACGCAUUUGACGCUGAACUAUGCACAAGGGUAUUAACGUUGAUGAACCUCACGGACUCGAAACUAAGUCAGGGUCGUAUAUCGGCACGGUUUGAGUUUGGAUUGCUCUCAUUCUUCGAGCAGUUCAAGAAGAUAUAUAUUGGCGAUCAAGUGAACAAGUCAUCCAAGGUAUACCAGAUUUUAUCCGAACGCCUUGGAAUUGCAGAUGAAACUGCAAUGCUGGGAGUUUUUGUCGGAAAAAUAAUAACGAAUAUGAAAUACUGGGCACGAAAUGAGCGAAUUAUCAACUCAACUUUGCAGUUGCUGAGUGACUUAUCGAUCGGGUACAGCAGCGCACGAAAACUGGUAAAACUGGCUCCCAUCCAAUUCAUUCUCAAUAACCAUACCCCAGAGCAUUUCCCAUUUCUGGGAUUUCAAGCUGAUUGCAAUUUCAAAUGCCGGACUUUGUUUUAUACUGCUAUCGGUCGAUUGCUUUUGGUCGACCUUGGCGACGAAGAAGAGCGAUUUCUUUCAUUCGCAAGACCUUUAACAGCGGCCUUAGAUGAUUUAGCAAACAGAAUUGCAACCGCUGGAGCUAAUUCAUAUCAGAUGGAGGAAACAAAGCAAUAUGUGGUUGGUUUGUCUCGAGACCUUCGUGGCCUGGCUUUUUCAUUCAAUACAAAAUCUAGCUAUUUGCAUUUCUUCAACUGGCUAUACCCGAAAUUCGCUGCAGUUUUUCAGAGAUCGUUGGAGCUAUGGCCCCAUGAGCCAGUUAUAAGUACCACUUUGUUAAAGUUGAUGACUGAACUGACACAGAACAGAUCUCAAAGACUCUUAUUUGAUGUCAUGUCCCCUAAUGGAGUCCUUUUAUUCCGGGAAAUUAGCAAAACUAUUAUGAUAUAUGGAAGAAGCAUUCUGAAUCUAAAUGCAGUGCCAGAAGAUCAGAUUUAUACACUGAAAUACAAAGGUAUAGCGAUAAGCUUUGAUAUGCUAAAAGCUGCUCUUGCGGGAAAUUACAUCAACUUUGGAGUGAUGCAACUAUACGGUGAUGAUGCCUUGAAUGACGCUCUCGCGAUGUUCGUCAAAAUUGUUAUGUCAAUUCCACAACAAGAUCUGCUGGAGUACCCGAAACUUAGCCAAUCAUUCUACGGGCUACUGGAAAUUAUCACUGAAAAUCAUAUAGAUCAUUUAUGCGAAAUAGAUCCACAGGUAUUUUUGUAUGUUCUGUCAUCAGUAUCGCAAGGAUUGGAUGCUCUUGACCCAUCUAUCUCUACUGGUUGCUGUGCCACGUUGGACCAUAUUGUCACCUAUUUGUUCCAACAAUUGCAAAAAGCUUCGAAAAGUAGCGAUGCACAAAAAGAAGUUGAAAAGCACCCAGCUUUGAAGGUCAUUGAAAUGCAACCGAAUAUUUUAAAACAGAUGCUGUCUACAAUUUUAAACACAGUUAUGUUUGAGGAUUGUAAAAAUAUGUGGUCAAUGUCAAGGCCUCUUCUUGGACUGAUAUUGCUAAACGAAGAAUUUUUUACUGAACUGGAAAGGAAUAUAACUCAAAUGCAGACUCCGGAUAAGCAACCAAGAAUGGCAGAAUGUUUUCAAGAUUUAAUGGAAAACGUCGAGAGAUCCAUGACAACGAAGAACCGGGAUAGAUUUACGCAGAACUUGUCGACCUUCAGAAGUUGUGUCAAGAGCAUUACCUCAAGCGCCCCGGCGUCAAGCUCGUCCUCCGCCAUUGAAAUGAUGGGAUAUGACAUGUAAACCAAGUAUUAGCUCUUGCCUGAGAACGGAGGAUCCAGCGUUCAUGAAGAUGGUGCGUUCCCCUCCUUCAACAUGCCCGUGAAUUCAGGCCGGACUUUUCAGGCUAAAGACCGACCAAGACAAGGACUUACCUUGUUAUUUGUGGUGCUCUGUCAUUUUGUACACGUGAAGGUAAUAUUAAUAUACAGUGAUCUUCGACAAGAAGCAUCUACUGGCCUUUUUGAAGAGGGAUAGAAUUGGACUAGUGGAUUGGUCAUUCAAGGGCGACUGUAAAUUUUUUCCGAAUUUUUUGUAAUAGAUGUUCAAAUUAUAUGUUGCAGUAUUCCUCUUCAAAAUUCAAAAAUACGAUACGUCUGGGAUAUUUUGUUCUUUUUGCAGU